UGUGUACACAAACGUCCGGGCUCGUCGCAAGCCAGGCGGUGCCCAAUGAUUUUGUACGGUUGGUAGCACUUGGCGACUUGUCAACUUGUCCAUUUCGACAGGGCGGGAUCGUUAAAUAGUGGAUGCACAUCACCAGCGCUAUGUCCGGAAAGAAGCAAAAUGGUGGUCCAGUCUCCCAGAAAGUACCCAGCAAACAGCACGAGACUCGUGAAACCGACAUUAACCAAAAUGAUCGUAUAGCAGUGAUGGAGAUUAUCAAAUACUUUAAACGAGAAAGACAUCAGAUUAUGGCGAUGCUGAAAGAGAGUAGGGAAGAUUUUGAAACCCUGGAAAUGAACAAGCGUGCAAUCCAUAUGGAAGUGGAUACAGUUCGCCGGGAUAUUAACAAACAUUUAGAUGCCCUGGAAGCUAAGCUUCGAAAAAAUUUAGAUGAAAUUCACAAGGAAGCUGCAAAAGAAUGUCAGUAUCGUAUCGCCGAGCUAGAGGCUCGUCAAAGUGCAAUUCAGGAAUACCAGAGGAGGCUGGAAAACGUCAUCAAGUUUUGGUCUCGAAGACAAGAUUCCGAUUUAAGUGCCAUACAGACUUUUUACGAGUCCAUAAUUCAGCAUAGACUAGAUACUGCAAACAAGAGCUACGAGUAUGAAUUUCAAAUAAAUGAUAAAAUUGACAAUUUGAAAUCCCUAAUUAAGCAGUUUGGAAGCGUGCGACUGCACUGUUACGUCAAUUCGUUCGACGAUUCCGGUGUGCGCGAUAUACAGAGUUCCCAGUUAGAUCAAAGUUUAGAGGACUGCACGGCGGUAGUGACGACUUCCUUCUCUAUUUGUGAAGACCAUAAUUCUAAUAUCGGGGGCUGUACCUAUCUUUAUAACGGUCUACUGAUGAUUGGAAAUCGUCUGACGAAUUCAUUACAGCAGUAUGAUCCGAACGGUACGAUAGCUUCGGAGAUGUCAUUACAGGGAAAACCAUGGGAUGUGUGUCUCGUCAACCCCUUCACGGUGGCGGUGUCCCUUCCCUACAACAAACCAUGGAACAUGUCUUACGUAUCAACCAUCGCAAUUGUCGAUACCAUUCAAAUGAAAACAGUCAAAGAGAUCACUAUUCAUUCCAAAAUCCACGGCCUGGCCUAUGGCGAGGAGAAGUUCUAUGUGGCCUGCGUUACAGAAGUAAAAAUACUUAACCUCAAAGGCGAAUCUGUCCACGUGAUCAGGGUGCCUAACGGCUGCAUCAGACAGGUCUGCACUGACAAAGGCAGACUUCUUUUCUCCGACUGGAACCAUAACUGUACACAGUGCUUUGGACGCGAUGGCAUGGAGAUGUUUACCUACACUCAUCCACUGAUGAAAGGGCCGGUGGGGAUUUCCGUGGACUACGAGGAAAACGUCUAUGUCACCAGCUUCAUCUCCAACAACGUCCACCAACUGACGCCUGAUGGACAAUUGAACCGGAUACUGCUGAACAAAGAUGAUGGCAUUAAGGAGCCCAGGGCUAUCUGCCUGCAGAAGUACACUAACAGAUUUGUUGUAUGUGACAAUGCUGGCGUUAAACUGUGUGAACUACAACCAGGCAAGACAUAGCGGAUGAUACUCAAUGAGUAUUCAUUUAAUACAUGAUCUCAGGGAACAAAUGCUGUGUGAAGAACAAACUAAGGUUAUCUUGUUAAAAGUACAUGUAUGUUGAUUCCUAGGAUAAAAAUGUUCUUGUAUCUCUG